AUGUAUCCCCCGGCUCCGGGUGUAGUGCCUUGUGUGGCUCCUCAAGAAGGGUCAACUGUCUGCGGGCAAUUCGUCCCAGAAGGAACGGCUACAAGCGUCGCUCAGUACGCAGAUUACACUCCGGCCUACAAUUUUGCUAAUCCGCAUGAUUUUGUGCCCGAACGUUGGUUGGGUGAACCGCCCGAGAAGUACGCAAAGGACAACAAGGAGGUUGUUCAACCCUUUUCGUAUGGGCUGAGAAGGUGCAUUGGCAAGAAUCUUACCUAUCACGAGAUGCGUCUCAUUUUAGCCAUAGUGCUGUGGAAGUUCGACAUUGAGCUUGCGGAUAAGAACUCGAAUUAG